CCUGAAGAAAAUAUCAGCCACCCUGAUAGAGCUGGAGGCGUCUAGGAGGGCGGCGCACGAGCGACUCGAGGUGGAGAGCAUACAGACAAGCAAGAUGCGCCUACAUGUGGCGCAACUCGAAGAGCGCAUCGCGCAGGAAAUUGCGGGUACAAUAAUGCAGCCCAUUAAUCUAUUGUCUGUGUGACGUGUAAAUUAAUGCUGUACGGUUUUCGCAACAGCAACUCAAGAUCAGGCGUGUUUCCCCGUAUAUGCAGACACCAGGGCACCCAGAACCACGUGCAUCCAGUCUUCUAUUAAAGGUCCAACAGUUUACCUGGUUAAUAACUAACCUUUCUGUGCCGCAGCGAGAAACUCCAAUGUGGACCUUAUAGAUGCAUUGCAGGCGGAGAUAAAGGACACAUCGCAAAACGUCGAGUACAUGGAGAAAAGGCGAGAACUUGAAGAACUAAAUUCACCUAUCCUUUAAGUAAUCUGGAUUUAGGAGCGAGAGGGAGUUUAUGAAACCAAGCCACGAACAUGCUAUCAAACAGCCACACUGUCGCCGGUCACGGAAAGCAAGCAAGCAAAUAUUUAUCAACGACACCAAUAAAAAAAUCCAGAGCUUAAGGAAACAAAUUGGUCAAGCAAAAAAAGCUCAGGAAGAUCUGAAAGACUGCAUGGUUCAAAUAAGAUGCAAGUUUACUGAACGGAAGCAAACACUUACAAAUGGAAUCACCCACAUGAAGCAGUGUAUCUCCAGCCUGGACACCAAGAUUCAGCUCCUCCACAGGCAGCUGGGAGAGUCGCAGACAGAGGUGCAGCAGCCUGGCAGCGUGAAGGAUUUCCACAAUAUGGAGCUGGCUGAAUUGUGGGGGACUUUUGAGGAGUCUCGGGUCCUACAGGAGCAGUUAAAGGUGAAGAGGGAGAUGGUGGAUUCCAAUCAGGCUCAUCAGCAGGCCCUCAUCAAUCCAAUGGAGCUGUUGAAUACCCAGACGAAAGCAGAGAAUGAGCGUUGGAAGUCUCACCUCAGCAUGAGCAGACAGGAGGCGGUGCGGAGCCAAGCAGAUGUGAUCUGGAGAUCUUCAGAAGACUUGCACAAAGCGGAUGAGGAACAUGAAAGGGAGAUCACCGAGACCAUCAAGUACAACAGGAAGAAACAGGCAGAUCUACAAGAGGAGCACCAGCUGAUGGAUCCUUCAGAUGAAGACCUCAGCAAGACCCUGGAGAUCACAGAGGAACAAUACCAACGCAUGCAAGCUUCCGGCACUGCUGCAAUAGAAGAAUUGAUGAGAGAAGCUGAAUCUGUAGAGGAGAAGCUGCUGAAGAAAGAAGAGGAACUAAGGGUGCAAGAGUCUGUCCUGAAGGAGGUGGAGGCCAGGCAUGACAUGGAGCAGGCCUCCUGGAAGACGGGGAGGUCACACCUUGAAGAGUUGAACUGCAAGAGAAGCCAGCUGGAGAAGUCCAUCCAGCAGCUGAGAGAGGAAACAGAGGCACUUUUACAUCCAAAGGAGGCCUUAAAGCAGAAGAUAAAGAGGCUGAACGCUCAACAUGUGCAACUGCUGAGAGCACAAGCGCUGGAGAUAAGCACCAUGGAGAAGAGGAGCUACGAGGACAUCGUGACGCUGGAGCGGUUCAGCCUGGAGAACAGCCGGCUGCGAACAAACAUUAAGCAGAUGAAGGCAGACAUACGCAAUACCAACAGAGAGAAAGAGAAGCGGAAUAGAGAAGCAGCGCACCUCAGGCACGAGCUGCAGUCCUUACACGAACAUGUCCUGGAUGCCUGGAAAACAGACCUCUUCAUCUCGGAGGAACACGCAAAGACCAACCAGACGGUCCUCCAAGCCAUCAACCAGGUUGGGUUAGAGGUCCAGGAGCGAAAGAACAAGGUUGAAGAGCUUGGUGAGAAGCUGAGGAUACAGGUGGAGGGUGCAGCUCCCCUGUUAAGACGUACUGCAGGCAAAUCACAUUUGAAUGCAUUGAGUUAUGACCAUGAAGCCUAAUGCCAUAGAAUAGGAUCGUACCAUACAAAAUUAGAAUUUCAUGGACAAUCAGCCAAUAAUAAAGCAGUGGUUCUGAAAUCCA